CUAUUGGUCGAUACGAAUUUUAUUUUUAAAAGCAUUUGAACGGAAGACGUAUCGGUUUCAUUCUGUCUGACUUCACAUUGUUAAAGCAGAGUGUCUUGUUACAUUUUAAAGUCUAAAAUUAGGGAGGCACCCCGACAGCAAAUGACGCAAGCCGUCUAAAGUGGACCGUCUGCUCGCCUCCGUGUGUCAAUGGUAUCCGGACUCCGGGCCAUGGAAACGUCCCCUACAACUUUGCUGUUUGUUGAUGACACGUUGGGUAUUUUUAGAUGUUGUCAUCUUUCCGUAACAGCCCGGCUGCGACGUUCAGUAUAAAGGACUCCUUCCAAAAUGCAGCUGUACAACAGUGUGCUGACACACUACCCGAGGUCGUCUCGCAAAGUGACAAUAACUUUGUCGACCAGAUCCGAGCGUCUGAACCGGACAACGCCGAGCUCCUCUGACGCUCGCAAACCGGGAUUUACCACUUCCACGACCAACGGGGAUCCGGUGAGAGAGACUGCUUCUUCCGCAAACAUGCCUGCCUUUUCGUGUUACAAGGCUUCAUCUAUGAGGCCUGUUUACUUCACAUCGACCGCUGAGAUAUUAGUCCGCAGACCCGAUGGAGUGGAGAGGACUGUGCCUGUCCAUGUCAUGAGGGAGUCCAAGACCAAACCCCUCUCUCCCGACUCACAUAAUGGGGACAGAAUCCUCUAUGAGGACUGUGGCUCUGACGUGAUUGUGGACUUGAUAGAUCGUCUCAGAAAUGGCACGGAUGAGCUUUUUCCUGACUGCCCCGAGCUGGUUGGAAAUCACAUUUUCAACAGAAGCAACAUCUACGGACCCAGAAGAGAAGAAAGCAAGAGGGUGGUUGGAAAUUCUAGUGAGGACGAUACAGUUUCAGUAACUAAUGCCCCCUUCAGAAUCAAUGGAUGUGACUUAUCACAUGAAGGGGAAACAGUCCCCUCCAGAGCAGAUCACCCUGAAGACCUCACAAAGGAAGAUCUUCAGGAUCUGAGCAGUGGCAAAGCUGCUCCAGCAUCGGAUGAGAGACGGGCCUUUGAGCUCAGCGUUCUGCAGGAAUCCCCCCCACAGAGAUGCAAAGAGCGCGAGGAGGUCAACAACAAAGUCACCCGGUACCUGGCGGAAGUCGAGAAGCAAAACAAGUACCUACAGGAGAGGCACAAAUACAGGUACCACAUCAUUCCAGAUGGCAACUGUCUGUACAGAGCUGUGUGCAAAGCCACGUACGGGGACCAGGCGAGGCGCAGGGAGCUGAGGGAGCAGACGGUGCACCACAUCGCCGACCACCUGGAGGAGUUCAGCCCCAUCAUUGAAGGGGACGUAGGAGAGUUCCUGAUCAACGCGGCGCAGGACGGUGCCUGGGCCGGUUACCCCGAGCUUCUCGCCAUGAGCCAGAUGCUGAACGUCAACGUCCACCUGACGACGGGGGGGAGCUCGGAGAGCCCCACCGUCUCCACCAUGGUGCACUAUCUCGGGGAGGAGGACGCCUCCAAAGGGGCCAUGUGGCUGAGCUGGCUGAGCAACGGCCACUACGACGUCCUUCUGGACAAGUGUCUCCCCAACCCGGAGUACGAGGACUGGUGCAGCCACUCGCAGAUGCAGAGGAAACGAGACGAGGAACUGGCCAAGUCGAUGGCCGCCUCGUUAUCCAAAAUGUACAUUGAGCAAAAUGGAUCGGCGUGAAAUGAAUGAAUUAAAGGACGCACACUGAUCCAGUAGAAUGCAGGACCUCUGAUUCUGCUUGGUAGUCUACAUGAUUGAAAAUAUAUUUUUUAUAAGAUUUAUAUCUUCAGAGAGAGGAAGUGCAGUGCACAUACUUUGUUUUUUGUACAUGCCAGCGUUGCCAAAUUAGUGGCAGUGGUUUCUGGAAGUGUUUGAAAGUGUGUGAGCCUGUUCUUUGUGAUAGGGUUAUGUUGACAUGAUUGAACCUCUUUAAUGCUGAUAAGUUACUGUAUGAGGAAGUGCUUUUGGGUAUUUAUUUGCCUUUUUAUUGGCAGACCUGUUGUUUUUCUAUGUUUGUGCUUUGUAGACCAUUGCCAUUUACAGAAAAAAACCCCUUUGAUUUGGUAUUUAUCACUGUAGCUACUGUUAAAUAUCUGUAAUGCUACUCUCUUUUGCACAAAAGUCCUGUCAGACAAGUCCGGAGAGUUUGUUUGUGUCUGUGAGAACAAUUCAAGGCUUCUUUAUUUCUAUUAUUCCAGUUCUCGUCAGGCUUUUGACAAAAUAUUUCAAAAUAAAGUUUUGAAGAAACUUGAUUCACAGUGAUUUCAUGUUUAAUUGUCAUGCUCAUUGCUUUAUUAUUCUGCUCCUGUGUACAUUGCCACAUAUUCUUAUUCAGUCUCACAAUGAUAAUGUCAGCUACGUCCUCUUGGGUGAGCAAUGUUAUGUUCCUGUAAUGGGAUCGCAUCUAUAACAUUGCAGCUAUGAUGUGUGCAGUACUCAUCCUUCAGGCUGCAGGCCUGGACCUGAGAGGAAGUGAUUCAGCCCUUUUUGUAACUUUUAAAAACUGCAUGUGUCAUUUUUGAAACAGCAGUUUGUACAGUAGCUGUUCCAGACUGCAUAACACUUUUUCUAGGAUGGCAGCCCGCUGAUAGCGUCGCACGUUUCCUCCAUUAGGUGGCAGUGGAGCCAUCCCAGAAACAUUUUGAUAAACUAAUGUUAAGGAAUUUGUUCUUCUCAAAAUGAUUACAACCUGGGAUUGUCGGAUUGUCGUAUUGCAUUGGCUUCACAAAAUUUUUUGAAUUAAAACACAAAACAAAAACAAAACAAAAUGUUGAAUGUUGUAUUUAUAGAUAAUGA